GUAAGUUUCAUUAAUUUUGAAGCCAGAUGGUGAUGCUGCAUGUGUAUCGAACUUCAAGAAUGAGCCAGUAUAUGCCGGUUUUUAAAUGGAGGCGCCAAAUCCUAACACAUUUACUCAAAGAUUCUACUGCGCUAUCGGUGCUGGCACGUUGAUUAAGAACGAUUAUCGUCGUCACCAUUCAAGCGCCAAAUAUUACAUUUACAUUGUUAGCCACUAAUUGCACCUACUGCGUCGACGGCAACGAUUUAUUUGACUAUUGUCGAGAUUUGAUUUUUUAAGGAAAAGGGUCUGCAAGUAAGCGGACAUUUCAUCAAAAGUUAAGCUUCAUGUAUUAAAACUUAUCUGCCACUGUGCAGCGGGAAUAUGAUGACGUUUACACCUUUCACGAAUUUCAACACAAUUUCCCGCAGUGGACAAUAGACGUGUCUCAAGUCAUUUCGCCUGCCGCGCCGCACCGAAAUGCACGCGCUCUUUAAGUUCUUAUUUUAUUGCUUGGUCAUGGACAUCGCCAACGACGUUGUGAAAGUUGAUUGCAAGAUACAGAAUGGCAACGACCAGAGUACACCCGGUUCAUCAUUGCUCGUUGAUGAAACAAAGUAAGACAAGCACACAUUAGAAAGCAGCAGCAUCCUCGUCUUUUUUUGUCCAGCGUGAUUUUUGUACAGCUUUGGGCGCCCCAUGAUACUAUCUACAGUGCCGCUGUGUUGUUAUUUAACAGCUUUACAACCACAAAAAACGGCUGUACAGGGCAGAGAUCCGGCAAUCUAAUACGCCACCUAGCAUGACCACCAGCCGAUAAAUUAGCUGCUGCACUUGCACAGCUCACUCACACUGUAUAGAUAUAGCCUUCGUUAUCAGUCUGAUAGUCAGGUGCUAGGGCAGGCGCGUCAACACAGCUCUGAUUUUUACGGACACCCAAAUUAUUUGCCGUUCUUGCCUUGCAACAGCUUGACAGUCGCAACUGGGGCAAGAGAUGGGUCGCUUCCGACUAACGCGUCACUUGAUCCGAAACUUUAUCUCGGGAGCUAGGUAUACGAUGGGUUGGUCGUCGUGUCAUUUUGCUGUACUGCCGGUAUUGGUAUUUGCACGUGCGUGCGGAUCUUUUUUACUCGCUCGUGAUAGCGACUGUCUGUCGGUCCGCCGCCUUCGCUAGCGAGCAGAAUGUCUUUCUAGCCGAUCAGCAGGAGCUGCACCAGCUGACUGGCUUCGUGCUACUCAUUUUCUUUCUUUCUUCGUCAAAGCUCGCACACACACUCACGGCAGAUCGUCGUCGUCAGUAUAGUGAGUCAGUCGGGAUCCAGUGCAGGACCGCGUUUUUGUAGUACAGCAAACCAGACGCAGCGCAA